CUUCUAGUCAGAUCUCAGGUUUUUGUGCAAACCUUUCCAGUUGAAGCAAUCUUUCAGAUUUCGGGAGCGAAGCACUGUGUGACAGGGUAUAUAGCUUUUGCCGUGGCUUGCAUCCCUUGUAUUGCUCUGGCCACCAUGGAGUUGUCUUAUGCGUACGAUCAUUUUGACCCUCGGAUCCAGAAUGCCGGCAAUGGCAACAAAGAGUUAUGCCGUGUCCUUGGCGCGUGCCGUGGGGCGAAGGUGUCCCCUGCUACUCUUCGACGUCUGGGGGACGAGCUGGCACCUACAAAGCCCCAGAAGGCUGCAGCUCAAAAAGCAAUCGACCAGGUUGUUCGCGCUGUCCAAUCUCUUCCAAAUUUUGGCGUCGACAGGUGCUGCGUGUCAGGAUCGUUUGGGAAGGGAACAGCACUUCGUAAUUUUGACAUAGACCUUGUCUUGUUCCUGAACAACGAACAGCCUCCUUUUACUAACAGUCUCCGGGUAUUGACAAGGCAGUUGCCGCCAAUGCUUCCAGGCCUUGACAUGGAGAUGACAACACCUUACUCAGUGCAGUUUUGUUUGGAUGGGUUCAAUUUUGACCUCCUUCCAGCACCCAACUUCACAAAAGCUAAUCACAGCGAUAAGGAGCAGAUGCAGUACAAAGAGUCCAUGAAGAAAAUUGCAGCUUUGGAUGAAAAAAGAUUCGCCAAGGAUGUACGAUACUGGGGUCCAGCUUUGGCCGAGUCCACUGUGAAGUAUAUGAAGUCCCAGCCUCCCUUUGUGAAUGCUGCUGUCAGGCUGGCCAAGUUAUGGAAGAAGGCUUGUGCGGCGGGACCCCACACAUUUCCCAGGUGGUUCUCGUCGUUCGUUGUCGAGAUCAUUGCCUCUGAGAUUGCAACGAGGGAGCUGACAGAGAAUCCAAACAACGCAAGUCUUGUACGGGUUCUUACGGAGCUCCUUAAGGCUCUAACCGAACCUCACAAGCUUUGCAUCAUUGGAAAUAAGCACAGAGAUAGCGAUAUUCCCCUUGGAGUAAAACAGCAACGCCCUCUGGUAUUGGACCCUGUGAACCCAACGUGCAACCUGGCAAAGCAGUUGCGUGACUGGGCAAGCAUUCGCCUGCUUGCUGCGUCCAGCUUGAAGCUGCUACAGAAAGAUACUGUCACGAUUUCUGAGCUGUUUCAGCCCCAAUUGAGCGAAUCUCUUGGCUUUGCUUAUCGAUUCUGUAGCUUUCGACUGCGUUCCAUAUCCGCUUCGGCCUGGAUUCAGAAGCUUGAGGUACGAACCAUUCGCUCUUUGAAUGGCAAGCCCAUGAACCCGGGUGUUGAGUGGCGUUCCCGAGACAGGCUCGACACGAGGGCGUUUCCAGAGAACAUUCGGGACAUAUUUUACGGUGAUCUCCACGACUAUGUCCAUGUUUGCACCACUGCGUUGCUCUGGCACACGAAGGGCAACCAGGGCCGCGAAGUCGCCGCAGCUUCCGCUUUUGUGGACGAUAUGCUGCUGCAGGUAUUUGGCCAGGAAAAGUGUUAUUGGCGUCCCACUAGCGAGACGCAUGAUUCAAAGGAUGUUACGUUUACGUUUGGUCAGGUCCCCAUUCCGUCUCCCAAGGAUGAUCUUCGUUUCAUUUCCCUCAAGCUCUCUGUGGAUCUCAAGGAGGACCAACUUUACCGCGUCGCAUACGAGAUCCAACGUGACUUGAACAGGCAGGGAGAAGAUAUGGACGAUGGAUAUUGAAUACGUAGUUGAAAAUCACUGAGUUGUGGCAAGCAAGUCUCCACUCCCAGAAUGCUUAAUUAACUGAUACAGGAAGUAUACAGUGGUAGGGCGAGAUCUUCAGAACUUGAUCCCAGGUCAUUUCUGAAGCCCGUGCCAAGGCCACGGUGUAUCGUAGAUGUACAGUCCAGCCUGUUUGAUUGAUUGCAUGCAGCUUUCUCUUGUGACUCCACUCUACUAGCUAGGAAACCUUGACUUCACUAUAAUAUGUUGUUCCCUGUC